AUGUCAUUUGUCGGCGGUGGAGCUGACUGUUCAGCAAAUAGUAAUGCUAUUGCUCAAUUUAACAAGCAUACUCAACAAGAUAGAUCGUUACAGAGACAAGCGGCAAAUCAACAAGGUAUAGUUCAAAAUGGUCAAGGAUUUAAGAAAGAUAGUAUGAUGAAUGAGAGAGAAAGACAAAACAUGGAUCAGUUUAUGAAUAAUGGACCUUCUCAAUCAAAUUUCCAAUUUCAACCUAUGAGACAUGAGUUGAAUAUGAUACAACAGAACCAUAAGCAGCCUAAUGUUCAGAAUAAUUGGACUAAUGAAUUUCAAACGAAUUCUCCAUCACCAGUACAAAGAAAUACACCAUUAGCGAAGACAGGAAGUCCUGCAAAUGCACAAUGGGCGACCGAAUUCCAACAGCCAAUGGAUCAAACAUUUAACCAAUCAAACCAGCAACAGUUUAAUAAUAUGCCGAACAUGAGAAUGGGGGGUUAUCGUCCUAUGAUGGGAAUGUCUAUGAUGGGAGGUGGAAUGCACCAACAACAGAAUCAAAUGCAGCAUCAGGAACAGAACCAAGAUCAUCAAGUUGAUUGGGACAACCAAUUUAAGGAAAUAGAACAAUUGACAAACGAGACUAAAGAUGCCGAAGCUGAGCAAGUAAAAGGUGAAGAGGAACCAGAAAUCGUUAUUGAUGAUAAAUACCAAGCUACUUUCCAGGAAGUUUGGGACAGUUUGAAUUCGGAGGAGGUUGAAAACGAUUUUAUAAACCAACAAUACGAGGAAUUCAAGAAUACUCAGCGUGAUUCCAUGCCUGCGGAUAUGGCUCAGUGGGAGAAGGAUUUUGCUAAAUAUGCAUCCACUAGAGCUCACUUCGGAGAUUAUCAAUUUGAAGAUAACCAGCAUAAUCAAUUCUUAGAUUUACCAAAGGAACUGGAUCCAUAUGAAAUCGGAUUACAGCUAAUGGAAAACGGAGCCAAGUUGUCGGAAGCAGCAUUAGCAUUUGAAGCAGCUAUUCAGAGAAAUGAAGGUCAUAUAAAUGCAUGGUUGAAGUUGGGUGAAGUUCAAACGCAGAACGAAAAAGAAAUUGCUGGUAUUUCAGCAUUGGAAAAAUGUUUGGAAUUGCAUCCUGAAAAUUCUGAAGCCUUAAUGACUUUGGCAAUUUCGUACAUCAAUGAAGGAUAUGAUAAUGCUGCGUUCGCUACGUUGGAAAGAUGGAUCUCUACAAAAUACCCACAAGUUGCUGACCAAGCACGUCAACAGAAUCCCGCAAUCGAUGAUGAAGAUAGAUUUUCUUUAAACAAGAGAGUGACCGAAUUGUUCUUGAACGCUGCGCAAUUGUCUCCAAACCUGGCGAAUAUGGACCCCGAUGUCCAAAUGGGGUUGGGUGUCUUGUUUUAUGCCAAUGAAGACUUUGACAAGACUAUUGAUUGCUUCAAAGCUGCUUUAUCCAUCAAACCGGAUGAUGCGGUGUUAUGGAACAGAUUAGGUGCCUCUUUGGCCAAUUCUAAUCGUUCUGAAGAAGCUGUUGAUGCGUACUUCAAGGCAUUAGAAUUGAAGCCAACUUUUGUAAGAGCAAGAUACAAUUUAGGUGUUUCAUGCAUAAAUAUCGGUUGUUACAAAGAAGCAGCGGAACAUUUACUUAGUGGCUUAUCAAUGCACCAAGUCGAAGGAGUUCAAACGGAUGCGUCAAGCACGCUAAACCAUAAUCAAUCGACUUCCUUGACAGAAACUUUGAAGAGAGCUUUUAUUGCAUUGGAUCGCAGAGAUUUGUUGGAGAAGGUCAAACCUGACAUGGAUAUAAAUCAAUUCAGAGGUGAAUUUAGCUUUUAA